UAGCGGUCUCCCGUCAGGCAGCGGCAGUUCGGGCAGCGGCGGCGCGAGGGAACAAGCGAUGCAAGCAAUAGCACGGACGGCGCGGGGGCUCUGGCCGCCGACGGCAGCGGUGGCGGGGAGCGGACAGGUGCAGCCGUCGCGGGGCAUCAUGGUACAGGUGCGGGACGGCAACCUGGAGCGCGCGCUCCAGGUGAUGGAGCGGAAGAUGCGGUCGAGCGGCAUCGAGAGGCUCAUCAAACGCCGGACGGAGCACCACGUCAAGAACUCGGAGAAGCGCGUGCUCGCCCACAAGGCGCUCAUGGCGCGCGUCCGUUCCCAGGAGCUCGGCAAGAAGCUCCGCGAGAUCCUCAUCAAGAAGAUCAGGGGACAGUGAGAGUGUAUCUCAGUAGUCGUCAUUUCAGCAACGUUCCACCAUACAACAGGAGGGUUGGUUGCAGCAACUCCGCAUGGGCAUUCCAUGUAACCAAUCUCCAUGGUGGAAUUUAGCAACUGAACUAGCUUUUUCAAAUUGUGGAUCUGUUUAGAGCAGCUUGUGAUAAUCACUCAAAUUAGUGCCAAUAAUCUUUUGCUAUUUUGGAUAAUGGACAAAGGAUGGAAAAAUCUUGUGAAACUUGGUAACAAA